AGCGUCUGGUUAAGUCAAGCGCCGUACGCGAAACAGUCAACACAACACGGUUAAUUUUGAAAUUUAAGUUUUGUAAAGAGAAAAUAAAUUUAUAAAAAAUAAAACGAAUAAUAAAGUGCAAUAAUAAUAAUAAAUAUUUGAAAUUGAAAAUAUUUUAAACGCCAAGUAUUAAAGUAAAUAAACGAAAAUUUGGAUUAACAACAAUUAAGAGAGUGUGUUUAAUGAAAAAGAGAAUAGAAAAUUGAUAAAACAAAUAAAACAUAAAUAGUACAAAUUAAAUUAUUCAAGUUGAAUUACACAAAGUAAAGGAAAACCCAUUAAUCAUUCAUUGUUUUGUUUGUGUAGUAUUUUUUUGAAAAAAUAACGCAAGUGAAUUUUGGAAAUAAAUCUGUGAUAGCCAGAAACAAAUGAACACAGUAGCAAGCAGUCAGUAGUUGCAACAAUUGAAGCGUAACGUUAAGAACACACAAUACACAACUGCGGCCCAAGAACCAGCCGACAGACAGACACAUUAAUUUGUACAACAUAAUAAAAAAGAACAAAAAUCAAAUAACCAACAAUGACUAGCACAGAAACGUCUGCGGAGAAAUCAGCACUUACAGAUACAAAUAACACCGUUGUGUACAAACAGACCACAAAGCCCAAAAAGAAACGGAGAGAUAAAAGUGAUUUGGGUCCAGAUUUUGUGGCACCCGAUGGCGGUUGGGGUUGGGUGGUGUGUUUAUCUGCUGGUUUCAGUAAUUUCUCCUUAUUUCCCGCCCUCCAACAGUAUGGUCUCAUCUAUAGAGAGCGCAUGAAAACUUUGGGUUUCGAUGCCAAACAAACCACCACUAUAGUGAAUGUAGUCAUGGCCAUAUCCUCGCUGACAGGGCUAGUGAAUGGUGCCAUGUUUAGAAGGUUUACUUUCAGACAGGUGGCUUUAGUAGGCAGUCUUCUGGGUUUUGUAGGAGUUUUUCUAUCAGCGUUCUGUGUGGAAUUUUGGCAAUAUGUGGUGUGUUUUUCCAGUAUUUAUGGCAUUGGUUUGGGUCUGUGCAUGGCAGCCUCUGCUUUGGCGGUGAAUACCUAUUUCAAAAAUAAACGGCGAAAGGCCACUGGUUUCUCUUGGACCAUAACCGGCUUGGGACCCAUUAUAUUUCCCUACUUCUCAACUGUUUUAAUGUAUCACUAUGGCGCCCAAGGUUCAAUUUUGGUUUACUCAGCCAUAGCUCUCAACGCUUUCCUAUGUGCCUUGACAUUGCAACCUGUUUUAAGGCAUGUGAAGAAACCCGAAAAGGAAAUUGUAACCGAAACCAAUGGCAAUACCAUACAAAAUUCCACUGUUGCUGGUGACAAGGAUCAGGCCGAAUUUGAGUGCAAAUAUUGCCAAUAUCAACGUAAGGGAAAACGUAGCAUUUUCUCCUCACAGUAUCUGUUCAAUGAUGAUGAUCCCGAAAGACCGGGUUAUGAAAUUACUGAACCAGCCACUCCCAUGUUGGCCAGAGCUAAUGAUGGUUGGUAUGGCUCCAAAAUGUCAUUGGCCUCGGAGAAAGUACCCCGCUAUAGGCCAUCGAAAGUAUUAAAACGUCAGUUGUCUCGGCGAGAUGGUGGCGAAACUGGUCAUGAGGAGAAUCCAGAUGAAACUGCUCUCUAUAAGCCAAAUUAUUUCAAUCGUGAAAGAGAAGAUGAAGAUCGUUAUGCCAGUAAAUUAAGUAUAUACUCUAAGGCAGGAGCCGAUGAGUUCCGCUGUACAUGUACCGAAGAAAAGGCUUUGCUGCAGAAACUAACCGAUGAGGAGAAAAAGGUGGAGACAGCCAAACUACAGGCUGCCAUAGAUGAAGAUGAACGCCUCAAAAGUAAAAUGACUUUAGGACAAAAAAUAGUCAAGUUUUUCGAUUUGGAUUUAUUAAAAGAUUUCACUUUCGUCAACCUGGCCAUGGGCAUGACCAUAAUGAUGUUUGGUGAAAUGAAUUUCUCCGUAUUGACGCCAUUUAUCCUAAACAGUUUUGGCUAUUCUGAUGGUCAAAUAUCAUUGGCCAUGUCUUUGUUGGGUGGCAUGGAUAUUUCGGUGCGUUUCCUGGCUCCCUUCGCUUUGGAAAAAGUGAAAUUGGACAAUCGUGUAUUGUUUGCCUUUGGCAUUAUUUCCAUAUCCAUUGGACGUUUGAUUGUUACCCUAACCGAUUCGUAUAAUGUUGUAUUGGCGGUAUUUGUAUUGAUCGGUUUUGGCAAAGGAUUCCGUACGAUUUUCUCUCCCUUGAUUAUACCCAGUUAUGUGCCAUUGAAUAGAUUACCAGCGGCCUCUGGCUUACAAUUGAUAUUCAACUCUAUAUUUUCAUUUGCUUGUGGACCCAUAUUAGGUAUAAUUACAGAUGCCUACAGCUACCGAGUAACCAUACACUUUAUUAAUUGUCUAACUUCAUUGGCCUUAUUAUUGUGGUUAAGUGAAUCGAUGAUCCGGAAAAUGUUAAACAAAAAAUCCAAGGGAUUACAAGGUUAAUUUAAUGGUAUAUAGUUCAAAUACAAACCUCAAAUAAAGCUUUAAAAGCUGUUAAAACCUGUCUACUUAAAAAUGCUACAUAUGAAAAGAAACAAAAUAUAUUUAGACCUAGAGUCUUCCUUAAUUUAUUGUAAUAUAUUUGUAGAAUAGGCCAAGAAAAAAAAGCGGUUAAAAGAGAAAAAUGGAUUAAAGUUCGCCACCAAAAUAUUAAGUGCAAUGUUAGUUUUUAAAAAUACGUAGGAGUAAAAACUGGAUUUAAAUAAAAGGACAAAAGUCUCAGAAUAAAGAAACAGUUCCUAUUUGAGGAUGGAUAAAAACAAAAUUAUUAUUGAUAAAUUAUAUUAUAAAGGACUGUGUAAAGAGAACUAACAGGAGAACUAAAAAAGUGGAAAAUUUCCCAUGGCUAUAGAGGAGGUAUAGUUGAGUUAAAGUUUUGAAAUUGGAGUUUAAACAACGGGAAGAAUUUGAGGAACCUUCAGGCUCCAAAGUAGGGUACCUCGGCUAUAUGAAAAAUAAUGGCAAAUUUUUGUCCUCGAUCCGAUAUAAAAUAUUUGUAUGUAUUGCAUAUGGAAUCUACUAGAAGAUAUCAUUGAUAUAGCUAUUAUUAUCUCCUAUAUUGGGAGCAUAAUUUAAAAAUGCGGGAUCAUUUGAAAUUUUAUUUUGAAACAUUUGUACAACAUUUAUUCAAAGUAAUGGCCAUUGUUAGCUAUGACCUUUUUCCAUAUUUCUGGCAACAUAUGGAAUUCGAGAUAAAAGAACUGCUCAUAUUUUGAGGCCAAAAACGAAUAAAGCAGAUUUAGGAUACUCUAUUUUAAAAGUGAAGCGUAUCCCAGAAAGAGCAUUCUGCAUCGAUCGAAACAAAUAAAAGUCGAACGGGCCAAGGUCUGUACUAUAAGGCGUGUGAGGCAAAACUUCCCAUCCACUUCAUUCUAAAUACUUUUUAAAAGAUAUUGCAUAAUGUGGCCUAGCGUUGUCAUGAUGCAAUAUUACGGUUUCAUGUCUGGUCGCAUAUUCUGGGAGUUUUUCGGUCAUUUAUCGCUUCAAACGAAUCAGUUGUGUUCGGUACAGAUUCCCUGUGAUGGUCUGGCCAGAAUUCAGCAGCUCAUAAUAGAUAGGACCCUUUUGCUACAGAUAAUUGCCUUACCGCCAUGAAUAUUUGUAGUGGUCUGGUUGGUGUAGUGGUCUGGCUGGUCUCUUACGCUUCGGAUUAUCGUAUUGGAUCCAUUUUGCAGUAAUGAUUCGGUACAAACAUUUAUUUCUUUUAUAGCAUUCAAGCAUAAUUUCCAACAUUCAAAAUCGUCUUUCAAAGUCUCUCCGAAGAACGUGUGUUCCGUAAAAAACUACGUGUUUCGGGAACAAACUUUUUUGGCUGGCCUGGGCUAUCUUUGUCUUCCGUGUUAAAAUCACCACUUCUGAACCGCAAAAACCAUCUCUCGCAUGUUGAAACGGAUGGAACACAUUCCCCAUAAGCUUUAAUGAGCAAUCAGUGUGAUUCAGCGGCACUUUUUUCAAAUUAAAGAAGUAAAGCAAAACUUCCCGCAUAUGACGCAUUGUUGGUACAAACUUCGACAUUUUCGAAGCAAAAUCAUUGUUGUUUAUACUAUAAUGUUCAAUAACUAAGUGAGAAUAAAUGACAGAUAUAUUAUAUUAUACUAUAAUGUUCAAUAACUAAGUGAGAAUAAAUGACAGAUAUAUUCCCAUCAAAAUGACUUAUAAGUUAAAAAAGAUAUAUUGUAAAUCCCGCAGUUUUAUUAGAAAUCAAAAAUUUAUGUCCCUUAAUUUUGGGCAUUGCUAAGAUAAUCCCGUAAUGUAAGUGAGAUCCUUUAUUAUUUCCUAAUUGUUCUAACAAAAAUCCUGUAAAUAUUUUUCAUAUUUCACAUACAAAUGUCAAAAUCUAUAAAAAGUAUAAAAGUGAAUCUUCUUAAUCUAUUUUAACUCUUAACCGCUUUUGUAUUAAAGUGUUUUAAUACAUAUAGUUUAACUAACUUUACUAAAUGAGACUUAAUACUAUUUAGUAGUAGAAUUAACAAAAAAUUGUAAAAUAAAUUUAAAGAAAAAAAGUACAUACAAACAUAUAUAUUUUUUAUAACUGCUUUUUAGAGCAAUAUUUUUAUAUUUAUGACAUUUUAUUAUUAUACCUACUUAUAUAAUAGAAAACUACAAAAAUGUUCUAUAGUUAAUAAGUUGUUACAUUUAAGAUAAAAUUAUACACAUGCAAACAUAUAUUUUGUAAAGAAAACAAAAACAAUUUUAAUAAAUAAAAAAACAUUAAUACAGAAAAAAA